GGCUCGUGCAGCUGGUAUUCCAUCCCCGAACUCUCCCCGAGUCGCUCAGACAAGCUGCACGCGCGCUCCUGUCUCAGACCGGUGUCUCUGUCUCUGUCCAGAUAACCGAGCACACUUCUCCUUCUACUGAGAACUCACAACCUUAGGAACCAUGGAGGCCAUCAAGAAGAAAAUGCAGAUGCUGAAGCUGGAUAAGGAGAACGCGAUAGACCGAGCAGAGCAGGCUGAGGGCGACAAGAAAGGAGCAGAGGACAAAUGCAAACAGCUGGAGGAGGAGCUGCUCGGUCUGCAGAAAAAGCUGAAAGGAGUGGAAGAUGAGUUGGACAAAUACUCCGAGUCGCUGAAGGAUGCCCAGGAGAAGCUGGAGCAGGCGGAGAAAAAGGCAGCAGAUGCUGAGGCAGAGGUGGCUUCUCUAAACAGGCGUAUCCAGCUGGUGGAGGAGGAGUUGGACAGAGCUCAGGAGAGAUUGGCUACUGCUCUGCAGAAGCUGGAAGAGGCUGAGAAAGCUGCAGAUGAGAGUGAGAGAGGAAUGAAGGUUAUUGAGAACAGAGCAACAAAGGAUGAGGAGAAAAUGGAGAUCCAGGAGAUGCAGCUGAAGGAGGCUAAACACAUUGCUGAGGAGGCCGACCGCAAAUAUGAAGAGGUUGCACGCAAACUAGUGAUCCUGGAGGGUGAUCUGGAACGUUCAGAGGAGCGUGCUGAGGUGGCUGAGGCUAAAUCAGGUGACCUUGAGGAAGAAUUGAAAAAUGUCACCAACAACUUGAAGUCACUGGAGGCCCAGGCUGAGAAGUACUCACAAAAGGAGGACAAAUAUGAAGAGGAAAUUAAAGUUCUUACUGACAAACUUAAAGAGGCUGAGACCCGUGCAGAGUUUGCAGAGAGGUCUGUGGCCAAGCUGGAGAAGACCAUCGACGAUUUGGAAGAGAAACUGGCCCAAGCCAAAGAAGAGAACCUGGACAUGCAUCAGGUGUUGGACCAAACUCUCCUGGAGCUCAACAAUCUAUAAAGACCUCUACAGAGCUACAUGAAUGACAGCCCAAAAGACAAAGCAAGAAAAAAGGUUUAAUCUCCCAGCCAAAGCUCCCAGCAUACACCCUUUACAGGUAGAAUCUUCAUGUAACAGAAAGUCUGUUGUUAUUGUAAGAAACAAGUGAAUGUGAGUAUUCUCAGGAUUUACUGUAUUUGCUGGUUCAGUUGUAAAUCUAUUGCGCCCCUGAAGUGACGUGAGCAACAAAGUGUCUAUUACAAACUGAAAGCUAUUUAGUGUGCACCAGAAACUGUUACAUGCACUAGUACAGUUAAUUGGAAAACAUCUUGUCAUUAUAUAAAAGUUCCUUGUAUGCAUGUGUAACUAUCUUGUGUGCACUAGAAAGUCACUUGUGGGCACAACUAUCCAAACUAUUUCUGCCAGAAAUGUUUCUCUUAUUUGACCAAACAUUGGACAUAUUGGACACAUUCAUGAACACAUCAAGGCCCACUUUUCUAUUGUCGCUUUUAAGAAUAUGAUAAAAUAAGAAGAAGAAACUGAAACUCAUGUGAGAUAGCAGUUGCUAAUGCACAGAAGAAACCUUCCUCCCUCACACAACAUAUAGUAGUAUCUAAUAUGCACCAGAAAACCUUUGGUUUUUCAUGUUUUUUUCACCUUUGUUGAUACAGUGUGAUUCAGCAAUGUCCAAGACUGUCCUUCCAAGAAAAACAACAGCAUUAACAACUUGUAUUACAUUGUAUACAUUCAACUUGUAUUACCUUCAACAACACACAGUGUAGGUUGGCAAAUAUUUUCAAAUAAAAUGAACUACUUCUGUAUUGGCUACAUUAUUUUAUAAAGCCUACCUAAAGCAGGGAUCCUUUAGGUUAAAUAGUAUGACAUCACAGUAUUUUGACAUAUUUUGAAGUAUUUUGGAGUAAAAAGGCAACAUUUGAUUGUUAAUAAAAUUCAAUUACCAAUAGAACAAACUAGUGGAAAUAAGAAUGAGACUGAUUUUCCAUGCUAAAAGAUUCAGUUAAUUAAGUGCUGGGAGCUGUAAUACUGACAUCUAACUUUGAAUGAAGGCUUUAUAUAUUGUUAAAAAACAAACAACUGACAAAGUUGAAUUCUAAAAUAAUAAAUGUCAUAAUUCCAUGUCUUUUAUGAUGUGUCUUUUUACAGUGAGGUUGUUUUACUGUUCUGAAACUGAAACACAUAUCUGUCUUUAUUUGUGAAAACAUUGUUAUACAGUUUACUGUUAAACUGACAGAAACAAAUAAUUGUUUGCAGUAGUGAUUUCUCAGUGAAUGCAGUUGUCCAAAUUAUUUGUUUAAUGAUCAGAAUGUUUUUUGUAUUAUUUUUUGAUUGGCAUCAAGUAAAGUAGUUGCACUGAUUGUUUCCAAUUUAUUAUCCAUGUACUGAUGUAAAAUCAUCAGUGUAAACCCUUUGAAAUAAACAAAGCAGCAACAAGUGA